AACUGUGAAUAUGAAUACACGAUUUAUGUUAUGGUAUGUACAUCGUACACCAUAGAUAAGUAUAUACGUAUAUAUUGUACACGUAUGACGCAGCAGUGAGUAAAUAGCAAACUACGAUGACAAUGGAUCGAACACCAGACCAGGACGACCGCGAAGAGGUAUUCGACCACUCACUGCACCCCUAGACCCUACCUGUCGCAUACCUCUGGUAUUCGGUCCAAGGCCGUUUGACAAGCGUGUAAAUCAUCCCCCGAGCGCUACGUAGUCCCGUGAUUUCUCUUUUUGGUAGGAAAUCGGUUUCUCUGUUCGUCGGCCCCAUGACGAGUGUCCACGUAGUUCAUAAUAAUUUAUCAUAAUAUUUCGUUUUGAGAACGCUUUACACUGCGGUGAACGAUCGACGUGUACACGAUGGCAAUGUUAGAUGCAACGGUUAUGAAGUUGUUGCGUGGCGAAGCUUUGGACGAAAACGAUGAAUUAUGCGACUUCACGUUGGCCGAUCAAAACGAAGCUUGCGUGGCUAAGGGUGUAACACCCAUUGGGCCUUCUGACUAUAUACCAGUCACAAAAAGUACAGUUACAUAUAUUGUGCUAGUAGUAUUAGUCAACAGCGAGGAUGAAGUGCUUAUGAUGCAAGAAGCAAAAAGUACUUGUGCUGGUCAAUGGUACCUACCAGCGGGUCGCGUUGAACCUGGAGAAAAUUUACAUGAUGCCGUAAAAAGAGAAUGCUUAGAAGAAACAGGGUUGGAAAUGGAACUUGAUACAUUGUUGACAGUUGAAGCUGCAUCUAAAGCAUGGUUUCGAUUUAUUUUCACUGGAAAUGUUACUGGCGGUUGUUUGAAAACACCAGCUCAAGCUGAUAGUGAAUCUUUACAAGCUAAAUGGAUUAAAAAUAUUUCUGAAGUUACUCUCCGUUCCAAUGAUAUAAUACCAUUGAUUGAUUGUGGUCGAGCUUUUCAUAAAGUAGCUAAGCAUAAGGUUCGAAAUGAUUGGCACCAUAACCUUUUGCCUGUUAUUAAACCUCAUAAAAAACUUUUGUUACGUCUUCUUAUCUGUGCUAGACAAAAAACUAGUGGUAAAUUAUAUGUUCUUAUGUCAGAAAAAACUCAAGCCCAUUUCCCGAUGUGUGAAAUCAACCACAAUCGGAACUUGCAUUCGACAUUACGCAAGUUUAUGACUGAAAUAUUUGGUGCUGAUGUAGCUCUGCAUAAACCUCACGGAGUAUUGAGCAUUGAACAUUGUGGCCAACCGGAAGGUUCUAAUGAUGGGUUAUGUUUAUCAUUAUUGGUCACUUUUCAAAAGACAUUGGAAGAAGUAUUUCCUAUUGGCAAGUAUAGUUGGAUGGCUGUGUCUACAGAAUGUUCAAAAUUAAUUGCAGUGAGAACUAUACGCAACAUGACUGUUCCUCUUAAAGUUAUAUGUUAAACAGAUAAUUUUGCCAUACAUAUUAUUUUUUUGCUCAUCCAACUACAAAAUAUGUGCUUAAUCAUAUUAUCAAUGUUAAAAUGCACAGAAAAGUAGUGUUUUUUUUUUUUUUAAAGUUUAACAACAAUGACUUUUUUUUAAAUUGUA